GCGGGAGGGCCGGCGGAGGUUUGGUUGCAGAGAAGCCUUGUCCUGGUUUCUGUAUGAAUGUUCCAGGUUUAUUUCACUUUGCAUUCUCACUGAGAGGGGUGCAAGCACCAUCAUGGGCAGGGUGGGUUCUGAGGAAGCAGCAGCUCUCCCUGCCCAGCCUGCCCUUGCUUCAGGCAGCAAGGAAAAGGAACUCUCUGAAUCUCCUUGAACUAAGUGAGGCAGAAUUAGAAGAACAGUUUGUAAGAGGGGAUGGCCCAGGAGGUCAGGCCACAAACAAGACAAACAACUGUGUUGUCCUGAAGCAUAUUCCAUCUGGGAUUGUGGUGAAGUGUCAUCAGACAAGGUCAGUGGAGAAGAACAGAAAGAUUGCCAGAGAAAUCCUGCAGGAGAAAGUUGACCUUUUCUACAAAGGAGAAGACAGCGAUGUUUUUAAAGAGAAGAAAACAUCGGAAAAGCAAAAGCAGGAGAAAAAAAGAAGAGCAAAGGAAAACCUAGAAAGGAAAAAGCUUUUUAAAGAGAUGCAACAAUUGGAUAAGGAAUGAAGAUGUGAAAUAUUGCCUUGCCCUGGCAGGCACCCUCACCAGCUGCCACCACGUUUUGGCCUUCAACAAAGGCCCAAAGCCAGAGUGUGGAUUUUGAAGGAACUUCACCUCCUUGUCCCAGAGACAGCUAUGCCCUGUGCCAUGGAUGGAUGCUCCAGCAAUCUGCAGCCCCUUCCUUGUCCUUUCCUAAACUCCUGCAUGAAGGUUAAAUUUUCAUCUGUUGACAGCCCUUGCUCCUGGAGUAUGAAUCUGAUUAAAGUGACUGUACAUAGUUUUAAUACAAACUGUUAAUGAAAAUAAGCUUUAUUACGUCAAGUAAUAAAUACAUACAAAGAUGCAAAUAACAGUUUUAGUAAUUUAUCCAGAAUGUUCAUUUUUCUUUUCUUUUUUUUUUUUUUUUUUGCAAACUUUAAACUGAAAUCUCCAGCCUUAAUGUAGAAAUUAGCUUUCCAGGACCUUGUUAUUAUUUAAUAGGUUUCCCUAUUUUCCAUAUAGCUCAUGCACUUUAAGUGGACUUCAAAGCACUAACAGUCAUGCAAAUGUUUAUGCAAAAUGAACAAAAAAAGGAAAAAUA